AUAAACAUUUAUUAAUAGUGUGGUUGCCAAACAACAAUUCUAGCAGAAUAUAACAACAAUUGCAAAAGAAUAUUUAAUAUAUAUAUGUAUAUUCAUAUAUAUUAUACGCAAAAAAAAAUUCAAAACAUAUAUUCAUAAAUUUAAUAAAUAAUGGCUUUUAAGAUUUUUUUAUAUGCAUCAAUUUUAUAUGCUUCAAUUGCGCAAGAAUUAAGUUUUUUUCCAUUACAGCAAUAUAUGAAAAACAUUAGCGUUGCUAACACUUCUAUGUUUCUUUGUCAUCACCAUGACUCUGAUUUAAAGUUGUGCAAUUGUGACGAUACCUGCUUUGCAUCAAAAACUUGCUGCAUCGAUAAACUAUGGAACAACACUAAUCCAUUACCUUUGGAUAUUUACCUAAUAAUAUUAGUUAAUAAGUCCAAUACCUAUAUAGACAUGGUAUGUGAAAAAAUUUUAUCAGUGCCCGUUAAUUCAGGACACAAAAGUAGUGAAAUUUCAAUGGUGCAUUCUUGCCGGGAUGGUGCUGAAGCAGAAUUAGUGAAAUUGUGUAUAAACAGUUAUGAAUAUCAUUAUGCAAACAAUGUUCCAGUCAAAGGUUCCGAUAAUGUUGUAUAUAGAAACGCCGCUUGUGCACGUUGUAACUUUGCUGAACCUAAAGCCAUAAAUUUGACCUUUGAGUGUCUGCUAAAAUCUCAACAAAAAAAGAUACAAAUAAAUAUAACAUCAUUCAAAGUCAAUUGGAUUUUUCAACAGUAUAAAAAUUGCACAGUGUCAUUAAAUAAACAAAAAGAAACUAAUGGCAACAUUAGCAGUUGUUUUUCUCACGUGAUCGAACACUGCCCAAGAAGUAGUAAGCACUACCCAUUGUGUAAAGCGUACUCAGGAACUUUCUUGAAUUAUAAAAACUAUGAUUGCUUUAAAUGUUUUGAAAAAGAUACGAUAGUAUCAAAUCAAAAUUAUUCUUCCAAUAACAAUCUUUUUCUUCCUAAUAGUAAAACAGAAUGGUCUACCUACACAACAGAAAUGUUUGACUAUAACAUUAUUAAUAAAAAUUCAACUCGGCCUACAAAAAAAACAAUCACGCCAGGAAUUCCAAGUGAAAACGUAAUACAUGACACUAUAUCCCUUCAAAAACCUUUACAAGUUAACUGUGGAAAGGGAUUAUUUUACAGCGAUGCCACAAAAACCUGUAUUUCAAUUGCAUGUUGUUGUGGAUACACGUUGGUUGGUUCUGAAUGCAUAGACUUGCAACAAAAAUUAUCUCCUAUAGUUAUCAAUAAUGCAAGCUUUGAAAAUUGUUUAUUUAGCAAAAUACCCGGAUUUUAUGUCAUUUCAAAAGAUUUUCAAUCUUUAAAUUAUAUAAAUAAUAUUUUACCUGACGCAGUUUGUUUUAUUAUUAAAGAUGAAGAUUUAUCGAACUCAACUUUGUUACAAUGUAACAUAUCUGUUCCUGCAAUGAAGAGUUUGACAAAUAAUAAAACAAUUUUUCACUCAAAUUCCUCUGGUUCAUUAACUUUUUUUAUUACAUCAGUUUAUAAUCAGCUGAAUACAGAAUUAUAUAACUUUAAUAUAGAAAGAUCCUUUACACAAGACAAAUUAUGCGCGCAACCAAUGGUGUUUACUUAUAGAGAAGGUGAGUUUAUAAGCUCAUGCGAUUAUAUUACGGAAAACAAAACAAUUAAAAAUGAAAACCUUGCUUUGUGGAUUGAAAUCCAUGAGAAUGAAAUUAAAAGAAAAAUGAGCAUAUGCAAACAAUUCCAUUUAACAUCUAAUUGUAUAUUGCGAAAUCUGACCAACAAUUAUAAGAUAGAAAACCAGACAUUAAAAUACAAGUACUUAAACAAAGAAUACCAGUUUAAUACGGACCAGUUUGUACCGUUAAACAAAGGUGUAGGAAUAUGUGAAUCAUCGUUGCUGUUGAAACUUAAAAAUAAAAAUAUUUACGAAAACGCCAAAAAUCUUUUGUCGGUGAUUUUACUUUUUGUUAGUAUGGGAUGCUAUCUAGUUAUAUUUACAACGUACAUCUUGUUUAAAGAGUUGAGAAUAAAGUCUAACUUAAAUUUAAUAACGCUUUGCACAUUUUUGAUAUUUUCUGAUUUUUCUAUAUUUCUUGCAAUUUUUGAAAACAAGCAAAAAAAUAUAUGUAAAUAUAUAUCAAUUGUUUUACAUUGGAGUUUAUUGGCGGGAUACAAUUUUGUACUGUGUAUGGCGAUUGAACUAGCGUUAAAGUUUCGGAGAUUUGUUCCAAAAUCAUUAGGUCGUACAAACUCUUUUAUCGCUACAAUUUUUAUAUCUUUAAUGAUUCCAACCAUAAUUGUGUCUAUUAAUUUAGCGUUAGAUUUCACUGGAGCAGUUUAUAUUGGGUAUGGAGCAAACAAUAUCUGCUGGAUCAGUGGAUUUUAUGCAAGAAUAUAUUCCUAUAUUUUGCCGCUUGGCAUUACUUUAGCUUCAUCAGUGUUAUGCUUGGUGAUAACUAUAUUUAGUAUUACGAAGCUUGAAAGUGCAAACAAAAAAACUUUGGGUGACGGUAAAAAGUCACGUGUAAAUCUUGUUAUGAUUACAAUGAAACUUGCGUUAAUUCUUGGUGUAACAGAUGCACUUGGUUUUUUUCAAAUUUCAAACCCAUUAUUUGAAUGGGAGAUAUUAUUUAAUUCAAUAUUCUCUAUGAUUUACACAUGCUGCCGAUCUUCAAAAGGAAUUAUGCUUUUUUUUGUAUUUAUUUGCAACAAAAAGGUAUUUAGAGUCUACAAAAGUUUUACGGCAAAUACAAUCAUCAAAUGGAGGAAAUCAUUAAAGAACAUAGUUGUCAUUAAAGAAACCAGUGGAUUUACCAAAUCAACAUUUUGACCUUAAAAACGUCAAAACUUUAAAAUACAGUUAACAAAAUACAAAAAUGCUAGCUGAUAAUUAAACAUAUUUUUAACGUGCACUUUCAUUGAUAUUGAUGUUUGUAACUAACAGGACUAAAUGUGUUUAAUUUUUUUUUACUAAAUAUUUGUUAUUUAUUGCAUUUGUUAUUUUGAUUUGCUUGUUUGGUGAUAUUUGUUCAAACAAGUUUAUAUCUCUAACAAACACAUAUAUGAUAUAAAUAUA